AUGAGGGCCGGCUGGAGGCCUUGAGGCUUCUCUGCGUUUCACGCUUCCCUCCUUCCUGCCCGGCACCCCUACCUUGCUCACCUGAGCCCCAGGGACGGAGGGGCCAGGACGGGAAGUCGAAUGUAUUCCCAAGGCUGUUGCAGUUGUCGUUGGUUGACUUGCAAAGGCAAGAAGGAGGGAAGCACCAAAGGGGAACUUGGCCCAGCUGCAGUGACUGACCUGGAAAUACCUAGUUAUUUCCAGGGUUUCCUGUCCUGCACACCGCAAUUCCCUACUUCUUGGUGCAGGGGACCUGGAUGCUUUUGUGUCACUCCAGUGAUUGCUGGUAAUCUUGGGGAUCUAUCCAGGAUAGUGAGCCCCUCACAUCAUGCUAGUCAGCUUCUCCUACUCCAAGAACAGGAUUCAGGAAAUCAUCCUACAAUGGCUGAAUCACUAAGUGAAAUUUGUGACAGUCUGGAAGUUCUGGAGGCCAGUGAUGAGGGAAAGAAGAAAUGCAAAUUUAAAGCCCUUAAGAGCUUUUUUGGUAAGAAGAAGAAAAAAGAAGCUGAAGAUACCCAGGAAGAAGAAAUGCUAGAACUGAGCUCAUCCAGCAGCAACAUUAACAUCUCUUCUCUGGAGCCUGUUCGGGAAAAUCAACCAACUAAGGCCAGGGUCAAGAGCAGCAUGGGGAGCAAAGCCCUAUCCCAUGAUAGCAUCUUCAUGUUGGGUCCUGAGCCUGAAAGAUCAGCAAGUAAAAUGUUUCCUUCUAUGGAUCCCCAGAGAGGCAGACCUCGGCAGAGAUCCCGUAUUUCCAGAACUCUACCUAAACCUAGGAGUAAUGUGUCUGGAGUUGUGUCUGGAGCCAUGUUUGGAGCUGUGCUUCAAAAUGUGCCUACAAGUGCAUUCUGGGUUACUGGCCCCAAGAUCACUGAGAACCCACCACCACGCCAACGCCGACUCAGCAUCAUCCCACCUGUUAUCCAACCUGACAUAAUUUCUAAGAACUUGGUAGAAAUCUCUCUCGAUGAUGAGUCACCUAAGAAUCCACAAAAGAAGGCUUUACCACAUGAGAGUUUGACAGCCACUCAGAGCUUCUCUGAGUUAUCAUCCGGACCUGAUUGCUCACAGUCCUUGACUGCAUUUGCCACGCUUGCCUCUACCAGCAGCACCCAGCUGCCCAUUGGUUUCAGCACCCCAGCCACCACCGAGGGCUGUUUGGAUUCUUCAGCUGCUCGCCACAAGAUGACUUUAAAUCCCCACAAACAAAAGAAGAACCUUCAAGUGAUUAUUCGUGACCUUCCAGUGUGGUUCAGUCAUUUCCAGGGUAUUUUAGAGAGAUCCCUGCAGUGUGUCACUCAGACAUUAGAAACUCCAAACCCGGAUGAACCACUUCAGGUGGAACCAAAGCAGGAGGAGCCAAACCCUCCAUUGGUUUCUGAAGAAGAAAAGAGUAUAACCAAACCAAAAGAAACCAACCAAAAGAAGCUGGGAAUGGACAGUGCAGAUUCCUCAAGCCAGGAACAGAACAACAAUACUGAGAUGUAUGAUAAGAAGACAACAGACCAGGCUCCAAACACUGAUGCUUCUGAGAGUCAGAGCUAUCCAAUGUCAGCAGCAUAUGGAAGAAGACAGAGAAGAAAAGGAGCAAGUAUUUCAGGAUUGAGUGAGUGUGAAUUCAAAGGAAGAAGCCUUAAACAAUCCAGUGAAGGGUAUGGCCUGGGCGAUAGAGCUGGGUCUUCGCCUACCAAUAAGACUGCCAGGAAUGUCCCUUUCUCGCACUUGUCCUUGGAGAAGGACAACAUGGAGCAGCCUACAACUCCACAACCAGAAACCACUACCCCUCAGGGGUUGCUUUCAGAUAAAGAUGACAUGGGAAGGAGAAAUGAUGGCAUAGAUUUCGGAUCCAGAAAAGCAUCAGCAACACAGCCCAUACCUGAAAACAUGGACAAUUCCAUGGUCAGUGAUCCACAACCAUACCAUGAAGAUGUGGCUUCUGGAGCUGAGAAGACAGAAGCCAGAGCUUCUCUUUCACUGAUGGUGGAAAGUCUUUCUACAACCCAAGAGGAAGCCAUUCUCUCAGUAGCAGCAGAGGCUCAGGUGUCUAUGCCUCCUUCUCAUAUCCAGUUAGAAGAUAAAGAAGCUUUCAGCUUUGAUUCAUCAAAGGCCCAAUCCAAAAUGGAGUCAGCCCAGGAUGUUCAAACUAUCUGCAAAGAAAAGCCUUCUGGAAAUGUUCACCAGGCCUUUACAGCAAGUGUUUUGGGUAUGACAAGUACUACAGCCAAAGGAGAUGUUUAUGCCAAGACUCUGCCUCCCAGAAACCUUUUUCAGUCCUCAAGGAAGCCUGAUGCUGAAGAAGUCUCCUCAGAUUCAGAGAAUAUUCUUGAGGAGGGGGAUGGUUCUGAAGAACUGGCUCAUGGUCACUCUUCCCAGUCCUUGGGGAAGUUUGAAGAUAAACAGGAAGUCUUCUCAGAAUCAAAAAGUUUUGUUGAGGACUUGAGCAGCUCUGAGGAGGAGCUGGACCCCAGAUGCCCCUCCCAGGCUUUAGAAGAGCCUGAAGAUGAAGAAGUCUUCACAGAAUCAAGCAGUUAUGUUGAAAAGUACAACAGUUCUGAGGAUUGCAGCAGCUCAGAGGAAGACCUGCCUCUCAGACACCCUGCUCAGGCCUUGGGAAAGCCCAAAGACCAACAAGAAGUCUCCUCUGCUUCAAAUAAUACUCCUGAAGAGCAGAAUGCUUCUACACAGCAGCAGCCUUCCAGAUGCCCUUCUCAGCCCAUUAUGAGUCCUACUGUUCAGCAACAAGUCCCCACCAGUUCAGUGGGCACUUCUGUAAAACAGAGUGGUUCUGUGGAGCCAAUCCCUCCAAGACACCCUUUCCAGCCAUGGGUGAACCCUAAAGUGGAGCAAGAAGUUUCCUCAUCUCCAAAGAGCAUGGCUGUUGAAGACAGCAUUUCUAUGAAGCUGCUGCCUCCUAAACUUCUUUGCCAGCCCUUAAUGAAUCCUAAAGUUCAACAAGACAUGUUCUCUGGUUCAGAGGACGUUGCUGUUGAGAGAGUCAUUUCUGUGGAGCCACUACUCCCCAGAUAUUCUCCUCCGUCCUUGACAGAUCCUCAAAUCCAGCAAAUCUCAGAAAGCACAGCUGUUGAGGAAGGCACUUAUGUGGAGUCGCUGCCUCCCAGAUGCCUUUCCCAGCCCUCGGAGAGGCCUAAGUUCCUAGACUCAAUGAGUACUUCUGCAGAAUGCAGCAGUCCUGUGGCACCAACACCUUCCAAAUACACUUCCCAGCCAUGGGUGACCCCUAAAUUUGAGGAACUGUAUCAACUCUCUGCACAUCCAGAAAGCACUACUGUUGAAGAGGACAUUUCUAAGGAGCAGCUGCUUCCCAGAUAUCUUUCCUGGUUUACCGUGGGAAAUAAAGUCCAGCAACUGUCCUCAAAUUUCGAGAGGGCUGCUGUUGAGGCAGGCAUUUCUGGGAGCCCAUUGCCUCCCCAAUACGCUACCCAGUUCUUAAAGAGGUCUAAAGUUCGGGAAAUGACCUCACGUCUAGAGAAAAUGGCUGUUGAAGGCAUUUCUAAGAAAUCACGGAUUCCCAGGCGUCCAACCCAGUCGUUUGUGAAAUUUAUGGCCCAGCAAAUCUUUUCAGAGAGCUCUGCUCUUAAGAGGGGCAGUGAAGUGGCACCUCUGCCUCCCAAUCUUCCUUCCAAAUUUUUGUCGAAGCCUAAAAUCAAGCACCAAGUUUUCUCAGAUUCAGGGAGUGCUAAUCCUAAGGGAGGCAUUUCUUCAAAGAUGCUACCUAUGAAGCACCCUUUACAGCCCUUGGGGAGGCCUGAAGACCCACAGAAAGUUUUCUCAUAUUCAGAGAGAGCUCCUGGGAAGUGCAGCAGUUUUAAAGAGCAGCUGUCUCCCAGACAGCUUUCCCAGGGCUUGAGGAAACCUGAGUAUGAGCAAAAAGUCUCCUCUGUUUCUGCCAGCUCUCCUAAAGAGUGGAGGAAUUCUAAAAAGCAGCUGCCUCCCAAACAUUCUUCCCAAGCCUCAGAUAGGUCUAAAUUCCAGCCACAGAUGUCAUCAAAGGGCCCAGCGAAUGUACCUGUAAAGCAGAGCAGCGGUGAGAAGCACCUGCCUCCAAGUAGCCCUUUCCAGCAACAGGUUCAUUCAAGUUCUGUGAAUGCUGCUGCUAGGCGAUCUAUUUUUGAGAGCAAUUCUGACAACUGGUUCCUACGAAGAGAUCAAGCUUUUGCAAAGAAAACCAAUAAAUUCAGCCAAGGUUCCAAACACCCCAUAAAGAGCAUCCUGGCCCCUGCUACCAAACCUGGGAAGCUCACCACUGCCCCUGCCGGGCAAACAUCCACUUCUGGGGGCAUUUGCUCUAAGAAAGAAGAUCUUGAGAGUGGUGAUAGUAAUAAUAACGAGCAUGCAAACCUAUCCAACCAGGAUGAUGUUGAAAAGCUUUUUGGAGUUCGACUGAAAAGAGCCCCUUCCUCACAGAAGUAUAAGAGUGAGAAACAAGAUAACUUCAACCAGCUUGCUUCAGUGCUCUCAGGCCCAAUUUCAUCCUCUGUAGACAGGGGGCAUAAAAUCACAACAAGCACUUUCCAGGGGCUCCUGCAUGUUGCAGGGAACCUCACCAAAAUAUCUAACGUUGCAGAGAAGCAACAGAGCAGGCCCAAAUCUGAAAGCAUGGCCAAGAAGCAACCUGCUUGCAAGAUCCCAGGAAAGCCUGAUGGUCAACAGUCAGAUUAUGCUGUCUCAGAGCCAGUUUGGAUAACUAUGGCAAAGCAGAAGCAGAGGAGUUUCAAGGCCCACAUUCCUAUGAAAGAGCUGAAAACUAAGAGCAGAGCUGGAGCCAAUGCUGAGCCUAAGGAGCCUAAAUAUGGGGGAGCUGGCCCUGAAAAUGAAAACCAACCUAAAAAGAUUUUCACUUCCAGUGUCCAUAAACAGGAGAAGAGAGCACAGAUGAAGCCACCUAAGCCUACAAAAUCAGUUGGAUUUGAAGCUCAGAAGAUACUGCAAGUGCCUGCCAUGGAAAAAGAAACCAAACGAUCUUCAAUUCUCCCAGCCAAGUUCCAGAAGCCAGUUGAGCCAGUUGAGCCUGUCUGGUUUUCCCUGGCCAGGAAGAAAGCCAAAGCAUGGAGCUACAUGGCAGAGAUGAUGCAAUAA